AUGUCUUCAUCUGAUUCAAUCAGUUCCCGCAGCAGUUUCGAGUCCGAUGCCGCUACAACGUCCGGUCGCACGUCAACCCAGCGCCCACUCCCUCCUCCUCCUCCACGACGCGCGGGCUCAAGCCACAGCGGGCAGAUGCUGGCAGCCAUCCUGCGUGACCGUCCAUUACCUCUUCCGACCGCUGAUCAGACGACUGAAGAACGCAGGCAAAGCAUCCUCGCCCUGGACCGCAAGAGAAGGCUGACCAACCCUACUACAUAUGAUGAAGCCAGGAGAAGAACAAUCAACGAUGGCUUUCAGGAGCGGAGAUACACCCACGAUGCCUACCGACGGGAUGGCCCUUCGUCUCCUCCGGCUCGCGGUCAUGCCUCCUCAGAUCCAAACAGACCCCUGCCGGAGAUCGUAGACCUGACAGACUCCUCUCCUCCUCUACCACAAACACCGCGGGACAACAGGCUAAGUAGGACAUCCUCCAACGGCUCCAGACGAUAUGUGGUACCUCGAUGGCAACCAGACUCGGAGGUCAGCGAGUGUCCUAUCUGCAAGCGCCCAUUUACCUGGAUGUUUAGACGGCACCAUUGCCGAAAGUGUGGUAGGGUGGUUUGCAAUGACUGCUCUCCCCACCGCAUUACAAUUCCUCGACCAUUUAUAGUACGCCCUCCAGGCCUGGAUAUUACAGCCUCGCCCAGUGACACAACCGCACGAUGCUACGAUGCAGCUGAUCUGACGGAAGAUGAUGAUGAAAACAACCCGUUUCAAGAUCCAUCCACUUCUUAUCCUUACAUAGCUGAUUCUCACCUAGAAGGUGGUGAGAAAGUGCGGUUGUGUAAUCCCUGUGUCCCAGAUCCACAGCCUGACCCCCUACCGAACUACCCUCCUCCCAACGAUGAUUUUCCAACCCAUGAAGGACCAUGGAGCACCGCAACUGCUCAGCGUCCCGGCGGGGUUCACACAGGAGAGCCUUAUCAAGGGCUGGGAAGAUAUCGAGCUGAUAUAGGGGAGAUAUCAGUAAUGAGCACCAUUCUCCUAUUGACGUUCUACCCUUGGGUGUUUAGGGAAAUUCCGCUCAUCGCCACCAUCAUCGCUCGAGUGGGUCUCUUCAACCCAGCUAUAGCGAUACUCGAGACAAUGGUAUGUCUUGGUUUGGAUCGUAUCGCGGGCAAAUGUCACCAGCCCGCCACCGUCGACAAGAGUUACCUACCUCGCCUGACUUUGGACAAUUCCCUAGCCCAUCAAGAGAUUACAUCCCACAGGAAGGCCGGGGAACCUUUGGUAUGUCACGCGCCUCCUAUCCCGGAAGUCGCCAGCCUCGAGAUGAGUCUGCCAACAACUUUCGAGAGUAUAAUUCUGUCAGGUUGUCACAUGAUUUUUCUAACACCAGAACCGAUCGACAUCCUCGCCCUCUAUCUCACGUGGUUGAGCCUCCUUCUCGACCCCGGCUGCACGAGAGAGACAUCUGUCCAGUCUGCCGUCGAAUAUUACCUCCUAGAGGUGCCGAUGGCGAUGAAACAGCCCGGGAGAUGCACAUUAUAG